AGAAGCUGGAAAGGCAAAAUCAUCGUCAAAACGCGAGAAAAGAUUAUGUCGGAUUUGUUACUUGGAGCCAGGGUGAGCGUCGGGGAUAUCGUCGAUUUCUCCGCCCUCGACCACGAAAUUCAGGAGUUGGUGAUAAAUGGUCAGGCAGUCAGGGAGAAGUCUUACUCUCCGUACAGUAAAUUCAAGGUUGGAGCUGCGUUGCUUUGCGUGGAUGGCACGAUUUCAGCUGGCUGCAACAUGGAGAACGCCUCCUACCCUGCAGGAAUCUGUGCAGAACGGUCUGCCAUUUGCAAAGCAGUCUCCGAGGGAAAGAGGAAGUUCAAAGCACUGACUGUGGUGGCAGAUCUUGAUGAUGCUUCCUUUACACUACCCUGUGGAAUCUGCAGACAGACUAUUGCUGAGUUUGGUGAUAUUCCAGUGUUCUCGGCAAGAUCUGACAUGAAGAAAGUCCUUCGAACUUCCCUACAGGAUUUAUUGCCACUAGCCUUUAAUCCAGUGAAUUCUUGGAAAUAAGUUACUCCUUAAAUCCUGUAAGGAUCUUCAGUUUCUGC